AGCAUCUGCCGUGCGGCAGAGGACCCCUCGGCUUGGGCUGCUAAUAGCAAGGCAGCUGAGCGUUUUCUCUGGAAUCGAGCGCGGAGCUGGUGUGUGAUGGUGUGUGAUGUAGCACCCUGCAUCUCUCCACUCUCCUUCCAGCCCUCUGCCAUGCUUGAUAAAAGUUGCAGUUUCCUGCUCAGUGGCUCCAGAUCGAAAGCUUCAGUCGGCCAGCGAGCACAAAGGCAGACCCACACUCGGGUUGAGCUGCACGCUGUAGAAGCCGUGAGUUAUUCCUAUAGCUGUGGUCGGACAGAGGAGGGCAGGGCAGAUCUAGCCCGGGACCGGGGCUGCAUGGAACGAGGCGAAGGACGUUGGAGCCGGAGUCGUCUGCACACAGAGAGGGAGGGAGAGGAAGAAAGACGUCAGAAAAAGCUCUGCUUCUGACAACACCACUGUUCAGCGAGCAUCAUAGAAAAAAAAAAAAAAACUACUUUCGCCUUGCUCUCCUGAAACUGUUUUUAAACAUAUAGAAGGGCAUGUAGAGCUGUAGAAACGGGAUACCGCAUGACACUGUUUCCUGUUCGCCCUGCAUCAUUUUCUCUGAUUUACUAAGAUGACUGUGGUGUCCCCGUGCACUCAGAACCUGAUGGAUAGCACUCACCCACACACUGUGCUAAGCAAGCUCAAUGAACAGCGCUCUCAAGGUCUCUUCUGUGAUGUUACCAUUGUGGUGGAGGAUGUGAAAUUUCGGGCCCACAAGAACAUCCUGGCAGCCUGCAGUGGGUACUUCAGGAACGCUCUGACCACUUCUGAGACAUGGAGCUCUGGCCAAGUGCUGGAGCUGAUGGACCUCAAGUCUGAGGUGUUUGCAACCAUCCUUAAUUUCAUAUACUGCUCAAAGGUAACGUCCCCCGCUGCAGAGGACACAGGUGGGCUGGUAGCAGCUGGAAAAAGACUUGGAAUUCCCUUUUUAGAGAAGCUUGCAGAACAUGACAAGCAGGACAAAUUAGUUAAAUCAAAAGACUGCUACACAGCCCCGGUGUCCAAAACUACUAAGAAAGAAGUUCCCAGGCUUGAGGAGAUCGACAGUGCCAGAGGGCCACGCAUCACCAACGCCUUCUCCAUCACUGAGGUGUGUCCAGGGAGCAACCCCUUCACGCCUCUGGUUCAAACCAACGGGGAGAGGCAGUCACCAGACACAGGACAGCUUCCAUCCAAUUGUCCUACGACGUCCUACUUCAAUGGGAGCAAUGAAUCAAGCCACGCCCUCUCAGAACAUUCGUAUGCAGUCAGCAAAUCCACUGAAGGCAAAGACACUGGUCAGUGGGACAACAAAAAGUUCAUUAAACCAGUUGUGUCACAGCCAAAGCAACUCAUUUACAGGAACGCAGGCCCCUUGAAAAAAAGACACCGGCUGAGAGGAAUUUUGGGUCGAAGUAUACUUCCAACACCAGCUGAGACACAAAACAAUGAAAAUGCAAAGGCGCCCACAUUAACGGAUGGCGUUCCUACAGCACCUGCUGCUGUCACGACACCACCGCCACUCUUUUCAGAGGCAGAAGCAGAAAAAAGCCCCAAAACACCGACUUCCGCUGACAAUGCUCAGAUGGAGUUGGGUCCACCGACCCUUUCGCCACAAACAGACGACAGCAUUUCUAUCUACAGCUGUGAGCAAUGCCCAGAGAUAUUCACAAAUAAAGCUCUUCUCACCAUUCACUCAGAGGUGCAUAAAAAGCGUUUCAUUAGUCAUUUGUUUUGCAAGUUUUGCCACAGAAAGUUCAUACACCUCAAAAGGAUGCGCAACCAUGAGCAGGUCUGUCCCAAGGCUGGGAGAGGCCCACAAAAACUGGAUCCCGGGGAUUUGUCAGCCAAAGAGAUGGACCAUGCUAAAGACGAGGGGUCGGACAAGGAAAGUGUGGAGACUCAACUUCCCUCUCCCAAUGAAUCGAGUCCUUUAGCAGCAGAGAACCUUCAAGUAGAUCUGUCAGGGCUUCAUGAGAAAGCUGUGAGGCCUUUUGGUACCCAAAGGAGGUACAACUGCAGCAUGUGUAAACGGGUCUAUGUCACCCUAUCCAGUCUGAAACGACAUGAGAAUGUACACUCCUGGCAGAGGGCCUACCCCUGUCAUUAUUGUAAUAAAGUAUUUGCUUUGGCAGAGUAUCGCACAAAGCAUGAAAUUUGGCACACAGGUGAACGGCGCUAUCAGUGUAUAUUCUGCCUGGAAACGUUCAUGACGUACUACAUCUUGAAAAACCAUCAGAAGUCCUUCCACGGCAUUGAUCCCAGUCUCGCAGUUAAGAAAAAGUCUGCCAAUGGUGGCCUGAAAGCCAGUGUUUAUCCCAUCAAGCUCUACAGGCUUCUGCCCAUGAAGUUUCGAAAGCGACAAUAUAAGACUUACAGUCAGACAUAUUCGGAGAGCAUUGAAAGACCCGACCAGUCCUCACUCGGCAGCAGCUCUCUCAUCCCUCCAUUUGAAGACAGUAGUGUGCUCGGUCACCCCGAUCCCGCUUCAUUCCCUCUGACGUUCAUGGCAACAACGAAGACGGUCUCACCUGUGAUGCCUCGCAUCAGCUUUGACAAGCCGUGCGACCAAGAUAUGGACCAACAUCUGAACAGUGAGGUGGAAAUUCAUGGAGGCAAAAGAAAACAGGCGGAGAGAGGAGAUCCAGCCUUCGCUAAUUAUGAAAACAGCUUCUCUUUGCGACCCAACACUGAAUCUACAACGGGUUACAACAGCAACCCACCGGUGUUAAUCAACCCAGAGCAAAUCAGUCAUGGCAUGCCAUUCCUGAACUCCUUGAGCACUGUUAAAAAGUUAGGUGAGCUAUCGGCUUCUGCAAAAAGAGUUGAGGACAUGACAAAAGAGAUACUUCAAACAAGCACAGAGAGUCUGCUGCAUGAUAAAACAGUAAGGGCAAAAACAGAAACGUAUAUUGCCAAACCCGCAUGCCCAGGUCCAUCUAUGGACAGUGACGCCAUGCCACUCUGUCAGAUAACAGUGAAGAUUGGAAAUGAGGCCAUCAUCCGCCGUCAAAUCAAAGGAUCUAAGCUCUUCCCCAGGAAGAAAAGGAGAAGUAAAGAAGUGAGCGAGGAGCAGAGCCCACAACGGUGCCAUCAAACAAGUGACGAAUCAGAGAUUCCCAGACUCCGCUUCAGAUCUGAAGCCACUGCUACUACAGAGGCAGAAACGUUCGAAGAUCUCAAUGAGUGUGACACGGCUGAUAAGCUUUGGCGACCCUACUACUCUUACAAAGCUAAAAAGAAAAGAAAGAAGCUCAGAUACAAGCACAGGAAAGCUCUGCUUCAUCGUUAUCUUGAAGCAUCAGGAGACAGAACCCUUGCCAGCGAGGCCCACCCUGACAGAAGUAGUCGGCUGACCUACGAGAGCGUUUCGGGUGGCAGUACAGGCCUGAAACAUAGUCUCAGUAGAAACUGUAGCCCGAGGGCGACAUACAACUGUGAUAUCUGUGACAGCUCCUUUAUCACAGAGACCGGUCUGAAAGCGCAUGUCAUUGGGUCUCACCCGUGUUUCUGCCGGACCUGUGGCAAACAAGGUCCACCAGGUGAGGCACCCGCCAGCGGCGAUUACAUCUGCAGCAACUGCAUGGAAAAUGGCUCCUGCUUCGACAACACGCCCCGCAGCCCCAACCCCGAAAAGAAGUACCGCUGCUCCUUCUGCCCCCAGCGCUUCCUCUACCUCGCCACCAAGAGAAGCCAUGAGAAAAAACACCAGGACACAAAUGAGGAGGGGUACAAUUAUGACGACUUCACAUCAGGUUCCAAAUACUCUGGACACCUUAGUGAAGACGAGAAACAAGCAACCAUCAAGACAGAAGAAGCUGACAAUCAAGCUGGCACUGACAUAAAAUGUGAAAUGUCAGAGGAGGGACUCUUCUCUAUUGAUAAGAAUAAGUCUAAAUCUGAGGACACAACUGACUUUAUAUCUUUGAAUGCCUUCAAAGAUGUGUCAUAUUCCAGUAUUAAAAAUCCACUAUCGCCCAGCAUUGACCCUUUGUUUUCGCUGACCCCGUCAAAAGUGAAGCAUAAAAUAGUGAAACAGAGGCUCAACACACAGCAGUCUCUGCAUUUCAUUUCAAAAAAGCAGGCGGCCUGCGACAGAGACAGAGAAAGAGAUACUUUGAUGGGACCAAGAAUAAACAGUCAUAGCACUCGUGAGAAGUCCUGUAAACCCUUUGGACAAAACGAUUCUGAGUCUGCAGGUCCCCACAUUUCUGUCCACAAGACAGAGAAACGAGUGUGCAAAGAGGAACCAUUUUUCUAAAGAUCUCCGAGACAAUGCAACUGACUAGAUGCAAAUCAAUCAAUAACAAAUCAA